AUGCCUCCCAAAAAAGCAGCUGGCGUGUCCAAGAAGGCCGCUCCCGCCGCUCACGCCUCCUAUCGCGAUAUGAUCAAAGAUGCUAUCGUCAACCUGAAGGAGCGCAAUGGUAGCAGCCGUCAAGCCAUCAAGAAGUAUGUCACCUCGAACAACCAGAUCAACGUUGCCUUCCAGGCCACUUUCGAUGCCCAGUUCAACAAGGCCAUUAAGGCUGGUGUUGACAAGGGCGAGUUCACUCAGCCCAAGGGUCCCUCUGGUCCCGUGAAGCUGGCGAAGAAGGAGCCCGCCACUAAGCCUGCGGCGAAAGUCACUAAGUCUACCGCCGAUAAGACCACCAAGGCCCUCGCCGCCAAGAAGGCCGCUAUCAAGAAGACCACGGCAAAGACUACCAUCAAGCCUGCAAUGAAGAAGACCGGCCCUAAGAAGGCUGCUGUCAAGCCCAAGGCCAACUCCGGCAACAUCCGUAGGACCACCCUUGUAUGUUCACGCUCGCUGGCGCAAUUUCUCAACGCUCCGCCCGCCAAGGCCGCCAAGGCCGCCAAGAAGGAGCCAACUACCAAGAAAUAA